AUGGAGAAGUUCUGGAAAAUUGAGGAAGACCCAUCUGCUACGAAUUACUCCCCGAACGAAACUGCCUGCGAAGAGUUCUUUCAGCGUACUGUUGCACGUGAUUCGUCGGGUCGAUACAUGGUGAGACUCCCUUUCAAAGAAACUGUAACUCAGCGGUUGGGUGACAACAAGAAAUCGCCUCUGCAUCGUUUUCGCUUGUUGGAGAAUCGGCUGCCUCGUAAUGCUUCGAUCGCUCAGCAGUAUCGGGAUUUCAUGGCUGAGUAUGCGCAACUUGGCCACAUGGCACCACUCAGUGACUUCGGAGAUGAGCUUCAUCCGAAGUACUAUUUACCACAUCAUCCAGUGAUUAAAGAGAGCAGCACGACCACGAAGCUACGCGUCGUUUUCGAUGCGUCUAGCAAGACGAGCUCGGGAAUUUCACUCAACGACGCUCUUCUUGUCGGUCCGGUCGUACAGGACGAUUUGCGAUCGAUUGUUAUGCGUUCCCGAACCCACAAGUCAUCCUAA